AUGGUUGUAUUAGUUAGUUAUAGGAAGCUGAAAUAUGUUCCAGUUAUUUACGAUUUAUCGCUAAUGUUGAUUUGUUCAUUUAAUGUGAGAGGCUUGAGUGUAAGGAUAAAGAAAAAUAAGGUGAGUGAGUUUAUAUUUACUAAUGGUUUAAAUUUUGUAGUUGUUCAAGAGAGCAAUUUGUCAGAGGUUUAUGAAUUUCUCGUGUUCUCAUUGUGGGGAAGUCCUCAUUGUGAUUGGAGUUUCAUUUUGUUUGUGGGAAGUAGUAGAGGGUUUCCAUCUAUUUGGUGUAGUUCUAAGCAUAAGUCAUUUUUCUCUUUCCCAGGCCCUGGUUUUUUAGGAGUUUGUUUGGAAUUGGGUGUUCAUAAGGCUGUAUGUUAUGUUGUUAACGUAUAUUUUAAGUGUCUCGUGAAUGACAUAGAGGAUAUGUGGUUUGACCUUUGCUCCUGUAAAACCGAAUGUGGUGGUGUCAUUUGGUGUGUUAUGGGUGAUUUCAAGUUUGCCAACUAUCCUAGCAAGCGGUUGAGGGGUCAUAACUCAUCUACUUCUCUUGGGAAUAUUGAUUGUUCGGCCUCUAACUUUAUCUCUCAGAUGGAGUUAGUUGAUCUACCCCUCUUAGGUAGAAAGUUCACAUGGUUCCAUCCAAGAGGUGACACAUGUAAUAGGUUGGAUAAGAUUUCAGUUUCUAAUGGUUUGUGA